UGCAUUGAAAUACUGCCAAAAAGAAGAUGGAAGCCACUAUGGCUGCUUCUUGUGCUUACUUGCUACCUUGUACUACAUCCCCAAUUUCCCUUUCCCCUUUCCCACCUCCAUCUCCGACCUUGCAUUUCUUCAGAAAUCGAAUCCCCUGCUCCAAAUUUCCAUUAAUGGAACCUCUGCACAGCGAAUCUCGGACAAAAUUCAUGGAAUUUCCGUACGUCUCCGCCCCACACAGAGACCUCAUGGUGCAACUCGUCUCCUCCGUUGAGACCCGACUUGAAUCCGCCCUUCAGCCUUGUACUCUCCCACCCGAUGUCCAGUACUACCAAAACCCUACUGGCUCCGCCAAUGCCUCUCUCCAUGUCCGAUCCGGCCUCCCCUCUUCCAGGAUUGAUUUCAUAUUGGGGAGUUGGGUUCAUUGCAAGUUGCCCACUGGUGGAGCUUUGAACAUAACAAGUCUCUCCGCCUAUUUGAGACCCUCCACCGAUGCACCAAACUUCUUAAUUGAGCUCAUCCGGAGCAGUCCGGUGUCUCUAAUUCUUAUCCUCGACCUCCCUCCUCGAAAGGACCUUGUCUUACAUCCCGAGUACUUGAAGGAGUUUUACGAAGACACCCAACUAGACAGACACAGACAACUUCUCGAGAAGUUGCCUGAGGUGCGACCUUAUGUCUCUUCAUCUCUAUAUAUCCGAUCCGUUGUCUCUCCAUGUGCCGUUAUGGUCUCCAUAGAAGCUCCUGCUGACCAGACAUCACGCAUAGAGGAGAUUAUUCGAGAUCAUAUUAGUCCUAUAGCCAAGGAGAUGCUCGAGGCGUGGUUGGACAUGUGUGCAUGUGUUGAGAGAGAAGUCGGAGGGGAUGAGAGUGGUGGAUUAGGAAGGCGAGACCAGAUCAUUAAAAACAAGACAAUUGAGAUUGAUCUUGGAUCAAGCUUCCCUAGGCUGUUUGGAGAGGAAGUAGCGAACCGCGUUUUAGGAGUGUUAAGGGGCAUCUACAAUGCUUGAAUUUGGUCAGAGCAUUAUAGAGUAAGUGGUGAUAAUUGUACUUACUGUUGCAACUGAGCUGUACUGCUAUAAUAUGUAUAAACAUGCAUAGAUUUGAAUGGAUUUUGACUGUUGUGGUUAGGCCCACAUUGUAUUGUAAGGCAAUUGCUACAUGUCAAUAUAUAGGAAGCUCUUGUGAUGAAAAA